CUUUUGUUUUAACAGACGAACCGAUUGCGCCACUAGGCUUUGGAGGUAUUUGGUGGACUGGAUUAUCGUAAUCAUGGAGUCGAGAAAAGUUUCGUUGAGUGCUAACGCUCUGAUUGGGGGUAAAUGGAGACUUGUGCGGAAGAUUGGCGGUGGUUCAUUUGGCGACAUAUAUCUUGGACAAAAUAUGCUGACAGGCGAUGAAGUUGCAAUAAAGUUAGAACCUGUUACAGCCCGACACCCUCAGUUGCUUUACGAGAGCCGAGUUUAUCGAGUUUUACAAAACUCUUCAGGAGUUCCGCGAGUUUAUUGGUUUGGACCUGACGGUGUUAGCAAUCGUUACAAAGCCAUGGUCAUGGAUUUACUUGGUCCAAGUCUCGAAGAUUUAUUUACCUUUUGUGGACGUAGAUUUUCAGCGAAAACAGUGCUAACGCUAGCAGAACAGAUGUUGUGGCGGAUAGAAUAUGUUCACUACAGAGGUCUUAUUCACAGGGACAUAAAACCAGACAAUUUCCUGAUGGGUAUCGGUCCACACUGCAACCGAGUCUUCAUUGUAGAUUUUGGAUUAGCCAAAAGAUUCAGAGAUCACAGAACAAAGUGCCAUAUUCCUUACAGAGAUGACAAAAAUUUAACAGGUACAGCACGUUAUGCCAGUAUAAAUGCACAUGCUGGCAUCGAGCAAUCUAGACGCGAUGAUAUUGAGUCACUUGGAUAUGUUUUCAUGUAUUUUCUCAGAGGACACCUUCCAUGGCAGGGACUAAAGGCGAAUACUAAAAAGCAAAAAUAUGAACGUAUAUAUGAAAAGAAACUAGCUACGUCACCUGAAGCUCUAUGUAAGGGUUACCCUGUUGAAUUCGAAAAAUAUUUACAUUUCGCCCGUGGUUUAGCUUUCGACAGUCUUCCGGAUUACGCAUUCCUAAGAGGGAUUUUCCGCCGUUUGUUUCGAAGCCUCAAUUUUGUUCUGGAUUAUGUUUAUGAUUGGGCACUUCUGGGUACAAACUCUUCUAAUACUAACCAGUCAAUACUUAAUUCCAACCCAGAGUGUGAAGACAAUGUGAAUCAGCAUCAAAAUAACGCAGAAUGUCAAGGAGUCGAUAAUACGGUGGGGGCAGCGCAGUGUGCUCUUCCAGCACCUCAAGUAUAUGGGAAUCAUAACCACCAUAAUAUACCUCUUCAGCAAUCACAGCCUCAGCAAGUGCUGCCACAUACACAUGGUCGUGAAGGAGUUCAACAAUCAACUUUUCAUUCCCAAUUUGUUAAUCAAUCUGGGAAUUCUGGCACCCAAACUAGUGCGUAUAAUGCUCCUGGCACAAGUGUAGAGUAUGGUAUGCGUUGUUUGCCCACAGAAAUUCGCCGCUGAUUCCUGGAUUACUAAUAAAUACAUCCAUUUUCAGUUCAUGAUGCUUGGAGAUACUAAACCUCAUGCUGCUAAAUUUUAUUUCUAUUAUCAGUAAUACGACUGUUCAAUUGUUUACGCAAUUAAUAUCGUAAUUUCCUUGUGAAUAAUAUGUAGAUUCCCACAAUGUUCUCAUGCGCUUUCUCUACCUCUCAUCCUCACUCAAUGUUUUACCAAAUUAAUUUAAUUUUGGUGUUUAAACCAAACGUUUACUGAAUGUUAUCACGUUUCUGUGAAAUUAACAUGCUCAAACAGAGCGCUAUCUUCUUUUUUUAACUUGCUUGACCGUACUUAGUUGUAUUCCGGUGUUCACUUUGAACAAGAUGUCUUGCACUUCAUUGUUCUAUUAGUAUACUAAAUGAAGCUUAGUGCAUACUUUUUUGCUUGUAUGGUUUCAUGCUGUAGAAAAAUAUCAAGCAAAUCUUGUAGUCAGUGGUUCUCAAUAUUAAUCAAGUUCUUCGGAACUGACAUCAUUUUCUGUCAAAGUAUUUUGGGACAAAUAGUCAAUCAAAUCACUUGUCAAUAUUUGUUGUGUUCGAUCAUUUUUGUGAUACGCAAUACGCAUGACUUUAUCUGGUGAUGCAGCCCUCGUCCGAAUAUAUAAAAUCUAAAUAUUCAGGAACCCCCCGACCCUCAUGUAACUAAAACGUUUGUCGAUACGAUAGGUUAAACUCAUCACUCAAGUCACACUGAAAUUAUAUAUUAGCCACAUUCAGCGAUACAGUCUGUUCAUUGUGCAACAAAUUUCUUUGUUUUGAUGUUUGAUUUUCAAAUGGCUCUGACGAAUUCCGCUCGCCAAUAACUACUGCUUAUAUGUUAGUAGGUUGUUUACCUUGUGGAAAUCAGAGAUUUUGCUGUCUAUUUAGGCUGCAACAUUGCUGAUGCAGUACGCUAACAUGCACAACUAAUUUUUGUAACAGUAUUCGGAUAAUUUAGAGACAUAUUAACUUAAAUCGAUAGAUGAGAUCAAGCUGCAUGUAGUAGAUUGAGGCUUCAGCGAGUCCAUGCUCACGGCUUCUGUGAUAUUACUUCAGCUUUCGAAGCUCAGAUACACAUCGCAAACGAGAAUGUCCAAAGAUUGCUUAUUGUGGAAAUAUUGUCCAAACUCGACCCCCGAAAACGCGAACCUAACAUUAAUCGACGCAAUUACUUAUUGUAUCAUCUUUAAUAUUCUUAGCCUUAUUAUUACAGAAAAUGUCCCUCUUUUGGUUUGUUUACUAGAUUACAGUCAUGUUUUAAAUGGAGCAAUUUUGUGCUUUCAUUCUGAACCUACUAUUUCACUACUGAAACAGUUCUACUUGGUGACGACGCUGACAAAAUGCAGAUUGUUCUGAUCACCCUAAAUAACCAUACAAGCAUGUUUGGGAUGCGAUUCUCUUCAUCAAAAUGCAAAAUGUUGCUUCUGAAUCGCGUUGCAUCAGCACCUAAACUACUGACAGGCAGUGAAGUAGUUGAGCAUGUUAACCAGUUCACUUAUCUCAGGAGUCUCAUCAGUGCUGAUGGCCUGAAGUGUGACGAAAUCUAUUGUCUUUCGCCAACUUGCGUCACUUAUGACGUAGGAGGGAUAUCCGUUUGCUAACCAAAUGACGAGUGUACUGUGCAGCAGUUCGCUCCGUCCUAAUAUAUGGAUGCGAAACAUGGCAGAUGUCUUGAAAGCAUUGCUCGCGUGUCGUGGGAAAACCAAGUAGGUAAUGCUGUCGUUAGGAAACGUGUACUAGGUCGAGAUGGCAGUUCAAUAGAUGAAGUAUUGAAACUUCUUCAGUUGAGGUGGUUGUGAAAUGUGUUGCGUAUGCCUAACCACGGACUGCUGCGUCGGGCGAUGUUUAGCGACGUAUUGGUAAGUUGAAAGAAGGCUACGGGCGACUAGACCAAAACAUUGCACAAAUCCAUGAAGUCACUGACAACUGGAUUGAGUCAUGUUGAUGGGUGUCGACUACCUGGUUGGGGCCCGCGAGAUGAUAGCCAUUGAUACUUAGAGAUCCUGAAUGACAUGACUCAAAAUCGUUUGCGAUGGCGCCGGUGCAUCCACUGUUUGUGUUCUCUCUAGUCCUAAUCUAUUUUUUUCUCCAUUUAUAACUGAUUCCUGUGGGGUGUACAUCUCGAAUAAUAUAUUCGAUCACUAAUUUUUUGAUUACUGCUAUUACUUCUACUACUAUGGGAUUAGAAUUGACAAUCGCGUCUCUGUGCUAACAUGAUAUGGCAUCUUGGACUGAUGUACAUAUGCGUACAAACGCCAUGUGACAGCGAGGAAAAUGAUGCACUAAAGGUCUUGAUUUCAAAAAAAUAUAUUUGACCGUACUACAGAAACUUGACAUGUUAAAUUUUAAUAAAAUAUAUAUGAACAUAUUGUUUCAGUUUUGAAAACGAUAAACGUUGA